UUCUACAGAUGAACACCAAAGUUGAUGAUGGAUAUAUCAACUUUGAACGUGUUAAACUAAAAUCAAUGAAAUACGGAAACAUAAUUCGUAACUAUCUGACCGAGGAGUACAAGUGGCCGAAUGCAACGGUGUACUAUAAGUUUGAGGGAUCUUUUCCACGUUCAGCAAUUCGCCGAAUCAAGCAAGCCAUGCAAAUUAUAUCAUCCGUGUCUUGUGUUCGAUUCCUGUCAAAACCAUCGAACGAAAUUGACUAUGUCGAAAUAACCUCAGAGCUCAGUGGAUGUUGGUCAGAUACAGGACGCCAUUCACAGAUAACGCAACUGAAUCUAGGUCCAGAAUGCUACGCCUCCGUCGGAACACCCCUGCACGAAUUGAUGCACACUCUGGGCUUCCUGCAUCAGCACACCCGCCCCGAUCGAGAUCAGUACAUUCACGUAUUGUACGAAAAUGUUAUCCAGCGGCCCGAGUACCUGUUCAAUUUUGAAAUCAUCGAACCAUGGACUGAACUCGCUUUUCCUCUGCCGUACGACUUCGAAAGUAUAAUGCACUACUCGCCAGCAAUGUACAGCCGGGAACCGAGUCGGCUCCCAACAAUGAUUCCCCGAAAAAUCCCCCCGGUAAGCGAAACUAUAGGCCAGCGUAAUCAGCUCAGCACACUUGACAUCAUUGGAAUAAACUUUCUUUACUGCGUCUGA